UUUCAAAGGACGAGUGGGAACCAAUGAGCAGUUGGCUGCGAAACCUGAUGUGAGAGGGCUCACAUGAAAAAUAAAUAAGGUGCAUCUGAUUGGCUGCCUGGAGAUGCCCUUUCCCCGCCUCACAGAAGGAAGAUACCAAUCAACUCAGGGAGAACGGGAGGAGGUGGACCCUCCGAGGGAAAGGAGUAGAAGAGAAGCGCCCGACGUCGGGCUCCUGGCAGCUUUGCUGUGGAGGUGGUGAAGGUGAUGAAGGUGCCCAGUACAAUGCAGACAAGUGAGUUUGACUCAUCAGAUGAAGAGACAGUUGAAAAUGAACAGACACCAUUUCAGGUAUCCUGGCUACCCUUAUCCCUUGUGAAUUGUUCUCAGUUUCUAGGUUUAUGUUCUCUUCCAGGUUGUAAAUUUAAAGAUGUUAGGAGAAAUCUUCAAAAGGACAUGGAGGAACUAAAGAACUAUGGUAUACAAGAUAUAUUUGUGUUCUGUACCAGAGGAGAACUAUCAAAAUACCGAGUACCAAACCUCUUAGACUUUUAUCAGCAGCAUGGAAUCAUCAUUCACCACCAUCCCAUCCCAGAUGGAGAUACACCUGACAUAGACAGAUGCUGUGGAAUCUUACAGGAGCUUGCAAUCUGUCUUGAAAAUAACCGGAAAACCUUAAUACAUUGUUAUGGAGGACUUGGGCGAUCUUGUCUUGUAGCAGCUUGCCUCCUCCUAUACUUAUCUGAUACAGUAUCACCACAGCAGGCAAUAGACAGCCUUCGAGAUUUAAGAGGAUCUGGGGCCAUACAGACCAUAAAGGAUAAGAAACUUGCUACCUCCCUGAAACCAGAAAGUGAACUGUUUGCAGAAGGUGCCAUGAAGAUGCCUGCAGAAACUACAUACUGAACCAAAAUGUCCAGAGUGAACUUUGGGGUGUGGUGAAUUGAACUGUGGGGGGUUGAAUGCAUUUGUUUUGAAUGUACACUCUAAUGCCAAAGGGGACUGCCCCCAAAUUGUUUGUUUGCUUGUCAAAUGCGCCUAAUGUUGAUUUUAUUCUUUUUCUCUUUUAUUUCCCCUUUGUCCCCAAAUUAAUGUAAUUUCCCUUGGAAAGUGCAAUAUUGUAUAUGCCUUUCGUUAAAAAUCUUUAGAGUUGUAAGUUGAUUUUGUUUAAAAUGAUCCCUUGGGGAGACUAGUCUCCCAAAGGAUCACAGGGGAAGUGUGUAAUUAGAAAUCUUGUACCCUUGAACUCCAUUUCCCAGCACCCCACUCUCCUCCUGUCGUUGACUGAUGUAGGCAGGAUAUAAAUUCUCCCUUUUCCCAUCUCUCUUCUUCUUCCUGAUGCAGCUUUGGUGGAGCUGGCUUUUUGAGCAGGUAGAUUAGCAAGGGUGGUUUUUUGUUAGAUAAUUGCCUUUUUAUUCCAUUACUUCUAGUGAUUAUUUACUGAAAACAUACUCACUUUCAUAGUGCUAAAAAAACAUGGUACUUUUCUUUCAGUCUGAUGUUUUCUUCAUACAUACAAUUCUGGAACUGUACUUUUUUUUGCAAAGAGAAGCAUGAAUUUAGCUUAGGUUUAUACUUAUUUACUCAAGGUCUUAUUCUGAUAAAAACAUGAUUAAUUUCAGCUUUUCCAAAAAUGGUAGAAGUGCUAUUAUGGGCACGCGCGCACGUGUGUAUGUGUGUGUGUAGAGACAGGUCUAAUUCACAUUUGGCCUCAGAUACUUUCUAGCUGUGUUACCCUCAGCAAGUCACUUCACCUCAAUUGCCUAGUCCUUACCGCUCUUAUGCCUCAGAACAAAUGCGCACAGUAUUGAUUCUAAGAUAAAAGUUAAGGAUUAAAAAAAAAAGACAGACCUGCCCCCCAAAAGACUUACUUUCUAAUGGAAAUAACAUAUGGGGGAAUGGUAGCCAGGGAAGGGUAUUUUGAUCUGGUUAAGUCAUAGGAAUAUUAGGCAAAAUCAGAUAUAUAUAUAUAUAUAUAAGAUUUUCUGAGGGUGGUUUUCGAAAAAUCAAAGAAAGACUCCCAUUGGCUUAGGACUAAAUGGAAAUGGACUCAAGUAGAAUGGAAGAGUCUCAAGAAUGAAAGAACCAGUCUCAUCACAGACUGGUUAUUAAGGACAUUUUGUUUUUGUAUCCCACAGGCCUACUUUGGUGCUUUGCACACAAAAGGAACUUAUAGCCAAAACUUUUUAAUCUAAAUUCUCUACCAGGAGGGGAUGUCCUCCUCUGAAGGGUAGGCAUCUAAGAGAAUCAUGGAGAAAGGAGGGAGCUAAAAGUGGGAAGAACAAAAAGACAAAGUGUGUGAGAGUAAAAAAGUCUGUAAGCUGGCAAAAUUUUCAUGUAGAUUACAGUUUAGAAAAGUGGUCUAAAUAAACCAACAUGACUUUAUAAUUUAAGGAUCUCACUGCUAGGAUCACAACCUAAAGAUAUAUUACUUAGAAAAAACAAAAGGACUUAACUAUACAAAAAUACUCAACUAUACAAAAAUACUCAAAGUAGUUUUAAUUUGAUAGUUAAAAUAAAACCAAAAACAGAAACUAGAAACAGUUCCUAUGGUCAAAUAAUUGGGGAAUGGAAGUUGAUGUAAGGGAAUAUUAUUGCAUCAUUAAAAAUGACAUGAAAAAUACAAAGGGGAAAAAAAGAAUAUUCACAUUAAAUGUGAAAUGGAAAAAGAGCAACAAAAUAAAAAGGAUAUCUUGUUAUUUUUCUUAAUAUUAAAUAUAUACAUAACAUUAUAAAUAAUGAUCUUUGGUUUUAUGUAUGAUCCUCUAUUUGGAUAUCUGUUUUUGUUAAUGGAUAUUAAAUGUAGGAAAAAAUAUAUACUCCAAACCCCCAAAUAACUUCAAGAUAAAGGAAAUAAGAAAGAUCAUGUGGUAGCUGUACAAGGAACUCAUGAACAACUUUAGACUUUUAAAAGUUAAGUACAAGAAAUGGAAGAAUUACACAGGUUUAGAUAGGCUGUGAUCUUCAUCAAUGAUAGGAACAUCAAAUACAGAGAUCAUAUAUCCCUAAAUAUCUGAUGAUUUCAAAAGACUGUACUUCUCUUUUUAUUUGUACUUUGUGUGUACUUCCCAUCUUUUGCAAAUGGUUUUUAAAAAUGUGAACUUGUAAACUGUUUAGAAAAUGACACAUAACCCAAGAAAAUCAAUAGUAAAAAGAAAAGCCUCAUCAAAAUAUUUAUAGCAGCAUUUGUAAUAACGAAAAACUGAAAACAAAGAUGUUAAUGGCUCUCUGUGAAGGGGAAAGAUCACAAAUUUAUUCUGAAAUUAAAACGAUGUAACAACAAAAGAUGAUAAAAUAAUUGGCAAAGCCAAUCAAGUCCAAGCUUGUUAACAUGUUUCCUUGGGUAGCAAUAUAUAUAUUCUAUUUUUUCCUUUGCUUUUCAAGAAUCCUAAAUAAAACUCAGUGUCAGUUGAGGCUUUCAAUAAAUACCUCAGACAACAAAAUGAACUAUUUAUUUAGUCUUUAAAGCUAUAGUUGACACAUGCUGAGAUCUAGAACUGGAAAGGACCUCAUUAGUCAUUUAGUCCAAUCCCCUUAUUUUAUAAAUAAGUAAGGCCCAGAGAGGUUAAAUGAUUUGCUCAACAUCACGUAAGUAUACUAAGUGGUAUGCCUAGGAUUUGAGACUAGGUUCUGUUAGCUCUGAAUGUAGUGGUCUUUCUACUAUAUCUAAUGUCUCAUCAGGAGCCUAGAUCAGAGCCAAAAUGACAGUGAGAAAAGUGUCAAGGUCAGAAUUUCCUGUUUUGGGCUCUAAAAGAAGGGUUUGAUAUGACUGCACUCAUAAAAUUUAUUUAUCAGAUUGUUUAUCAUCUGAGGAAGGUGAGAAAAGAAGAAAUGGUAGGAGAAACAGAAUUUGGAACUCAAAAAAAAAGUUAAAAACUUUUUAUAUGUAACUGGGGAAAAUAAAUAAAUAUAGAAAAAAAUAAAUAAAGUUUGAUAAACCCAUAGAUCUAAGUGUUUGGUUUGUUGUUUUUUUAACCCUUACCUUAUAAUACUGUGUAUUGGUUCCAGGGUCACACAGCUGGGAAGUGUCUGAUGCCAAAUUUGAACCUAGGACCUCCCAUCUCUAGGCCUGGUUCUCAAUCCACUGCACUACCCCAGCUUCCCCCUAAGAGUUUGGUUUUUAAAAAAAACCCUUACCUUCCAUCUUAGAAUCAAUACUAUCAAGGCAGAAUGGGGUUAAGUGAUUUUCCCAGGGUCAUAUAGAUAAGAGGUGUCUCAUGUUACAUUUGAACCCAGUACCUCCCAUCUUUAGGCCUGACUCUCAAUCCACUGAGCCACCUAGUCGCCCUCAUCUAAGUGUUUGAUAGUUACAUUGAGUCUCAGGGAGGCUGACUCUGGCUGGAACUCCCUCUGAGGAGACUCUGUCCCUCUGAAUCCUUGCUUGGACAAAUCUUGUGGUGAGUGGAUAAAAUACUGACUGAUCUUUCUUUUAGGGCUUGGGCUGGCCUGGGCUGGCCUAUCCUUUUUCUCUAUAUUCCCCCUCUCUCUCUGUCUCUCUGUCUCUGUCUCUCUCUGUCUCUGUCUCUCUCUCUCUUUCAUUAAUUCCUCAUUUGUAUUAAUUAAAAUCUCUAUAAAACCCAGCUGACUUGGGUAUAUUUAAUAAUUGGGAAUUUUUCCCUGGUGACCACCUUAUAUUUGAUUUAAAAACAAGACACUGUCUUGAAACCAUAUUUUCUGUGGUCACAAUUUAAGGCUCCAACUCUUUUAUAUGCCACAAUUUAAAUCUUCCACUAUUUUAAUUAUUACAAUUGCUAACUUUGAGAUGUAUGGCUGAGAGUUUCAGGGUAAUUUUAUUCUAUGAAUGGAGAUCUAUCUUGGCCUCAAAGGGGCUCACACAAACUGGGAAUCUUAGUUUUGAUAGGACAAUAGUUUUUUUCCCUUCUUAGCCCAGGAAUUUUUCAUGUUUUACUCAGGGAGCAGUAGACAGAGUUCAUCAGUGAUCCAGAAGGGUACAACCUCCACAAAGUUUUAUAGAUAGUUCUUAUAUAGUGGAAAAGAAACAAUUCUCUUAUUUUAUAUGCAUUCCUACCAGGAAAACUAAUCUUUGGACAAGGCUAAAAGUGGCUUGAUAGGAAACUGAAGUCUAAAGAAGUGAAACGUUAAGUCCUCAAAUACUUUGUCAGUUAGCUCAGAACAACUAUAUCCCAGGUAUUGACAGAAUGAUAGUCUGAAAACUAAAGGCCAACCUUGAUUUCAAUUUCUAGGAAAAAAGUAGAAUAUAUUAUUAGUUCAGAGCAUUUAGAAAUAGAAACAGUGAUUAUUACAAGUCUGCUUUUGUUCAUAAGAAAUAUGUCUGCAUUGGCUCUGGAGUCAGAGCAGUUGAGUUUAAGUGCCACCUCUGGGAACCGUGGGACUUUGGAAAAAUCAUAACUUCCUGGUUCUCGGUUUUCUUAUCUGUGAAACAAAGGUUUCAUUGAACUAGGCUGCCUUUAAAAUCCCUUUCAACUCUAAAUCUAUAAUGCUAUAGUCAAAGAUCUACCAUAAACAGAUCUAGAUCUAAAUUUCAAGAAGUUAUGUAUAUAUGUACAUAUAUAUCUGGUAUAUAUGCAUAAUAACUGCAAAUUACUUACAGAGAUGGCAGUUAGGUGGUAUAUUACCCCAGACCUGGAGCCAGGAAGUCCUGAACUCAAAUAUGCUUUCACAUACUAGCUAUGUGACCCUGAGCAAGUCACUGAACCUCUGCCUCAACUUCUUCAUUUAUUAAAUGGGGAAAAUAAUAGCAUCUGCUUCCCAAGACUAUUGUAAGAAUCAAAUGAGAUGAUAAUUGUAAAGCACUUAGCAAAGUGCAAGUGCCUGGCACACAGAGAGUGUUACAUAAAUGUUAAGAAUUAUUAAUAGCUAAUAUUACAUUUGUGUGUAUUAGCACUCUUUACACUUAUUCUAUACAUAUAUGUACUCAAUAUUUCUAUCCCUACAUCUGACACAUACCAUAUAAAUACUUAUUAACUGAACUCUGAUGUUACAGCAAAAGAUACAUAUGAAAUACUAGUUCAAAUCUAGAAAGAAGGGGAACAGUCCAACAUCUGGAGUACCCUUUAGUUCUAGGAGCCACAUUUUAGAAAGGAUAUUCAUAGUGAAAAAGUUCAUAUAACACUGGCAGCCAGAAUAGUGAGAUAAUUUCAAAUCUUGACCCAGGAGAAUUAGUUGAAGGAACUAAAAAUGUUUUAGCUUAGAGUCUAUGGAACAAGAAAGCCAUGUUCAAUAAUCAUAACUCUAGAGCUAGAAUUAACAUUAGAAGUCUUCUAAUGCAACCUCAACAUUUUAUAGAUGAAGAAACCAAAAUCUAGCAGUAAGUAAAGUGACUUGCUCAAGGUCACAUAGGCAGUAAGCAUCAAAUUUGAUUCUUGUGAGCAGAAUUUGAACCAAAGUCCUCUGAUCCUAGAGCCUUUCUCCUAAACCACAUAAUCUGACAAGCUCCUGUGCUGAAGGAAGAUUUGACUUGAUUUUUUUUUGUCCCAGAAAUAAUAGUAGGAUUAAUGGGUAGAAGUUAGGAGAAAGCAGACUUCGGCUAAAAGUGGAAAAGCAAAACUUCUUAAUAAAUAUAUGAAAUGGUUUAUCUUAGAAGGCAGUUAAGUUCCCCAUCACUAAAAGUAUUCAAGAAAAUUGGGAUUAUCACUGAAUUAGAAAUUUUACAGAAAGGAUUCAUGAUUCUGAUGAGGUCAGACUUAAUGACUUUGGAGACCCUUACCUAUUCUGAGAUUUAAUAAUUCUACAACAUGGUAACCAAAAUUAGCAUGGGGGAAGAGAGUAGUAUAGAGAGUAAAAGGGUUCUAUCAGAGCAUCUUUUAGAAUAUCCCAAAACAAUAUAAUGAAAAGCAAGAGAGAAGAAUAUACAGUAGGUUUAGAUGUACUUUUAUAAAAAAGCCCAUGGGAAAAGUAACCAAGUGUGUUAAUAAUUAUAAUUACAGCUUAUCAAUUCCCAUACCUGAAUAGCAGUCAUUCUGUUGCCUUUUUCAUACUAUCUUAUCCCUGAUCUGCCCUAUAGUACAAAGGUUCUUAACCUGGGAUCUAUGAAUUAGUUUUAAAAAAUAUUUUGAUAAAUAUAUUUCAAUAUAGAAUAUAGAAAUAAAUGUAUGUAUUAGAUGACAGAUCAGAAGCAGAAACCCAGCUGAACACUCUCAAAAUUCCCCUCUAAUUAACUUUAAAGUUAACUCUUCAUAUAAAAUUUUGGAGAGGCAGAGGCAAAAAAAAAAACAGAAAAAGAAAAAUAACAGCUUGAUAAAAGAGACCUAAACACCUUUAAAAACAAAAUUGAGAAGAGAAAUUCCAUUUAAAAUCACCCUAAACAAUAUAAAAUACUUAGGAAUCUAUCUGCCGAGACAAACACAAGAACUAUACUAGUACGACUACAAAACACUCCACACAAUUAAAACUAGAUCUAAACAAUUGGAAAAACAUUGAUUGCUCAUGGGUGGGACCUCAAAUUAAUUUACUUAUUUAGUGCCAUACCCAUUGAACUACCAAAAAACUUGUUUACUGAAUUAGAAAAAAACCAUAACAAAGUUCAUUUGGAAGAACAAAAGAUCAAGGAUAUCCAGGGAAAUCAUGAAAAAAAAAUGCGAAGGAAGGGGGCCUUGCAGUAUCAGAUCUCAAACUAUACUAUAAAGCAGUGGUCAUCAAAACAAUUUGGUACUGGCUAAGAGACAGAAAGGAGGAUCAGUGGAAUAUACUUGGGGUAAACGACCUCAGCAAGACAGUCUAUGAUAAGCCCAAUGUUCCUAGUAUUUGGGACCCAAACCCACUAUUUGAUAAAAACUGCUGGGAAAAUUGGAAGAUAGUAUCAGAGAGAUUAGGUUUAGAUCAACAUCUCACACCCUACACCAAGAUAAACUCAGAAUGGGUGAAUGACUUGAACAUAAAGAAGGAAACUAUAAGUAAAUUAGGUGAACACAAAAUAAUAUACAUGUCAGACCUGUGGGAAAGGAAAGAUUUUAAAACCGAGCAAGAGCUAGAAAAAAAUCACAAAAUGUAAAAUCAAUAAUUUUGAUUACAUCAAAUAAAAAAGUUUUUGUACAAACAAAACUAAUGCAUCCAAAAUUAGAAGGGAAGCAACAAAUUGGGAAACAAUCUUCAUUACAAAAACUUCGGACAAAGGUCUAAUUACUCAAAUUUAUAAAGAGCUAAACCAAUUGUACAAAAAAUCAAGCCAUUCUCCAAUUGAUAAAUGGGCAAGGGACACGAAUAGGCAAUUUUCAGUUAAAGAAAUUAAAACUAUUAAUAAACACAUGAAAAACGUGUUCUAAAUCUCUUAUAAUCAGAGAAAUGCAGAUCAAAACAAUUCUGAGGUAGCACCUCACACCUAGCAGAUUGGCUAACAUGACAGGGACAUUAAUUCAUUGCUGGUGGAGUUGUGAAUUGAUCCAACCAUUCUGGAAGGCAAUUCAGAACUAUGCCCAAAGGGCGAUAAAAGACUGUCUGCCCUUUGAUCCAGCCAUAGCACUGCUGGGUUUGUACCCCAAAGAGAUAAUAAGGAAAAAGACAUGUACAAAAAUAUUCAUUGCCCCACUCUUUGUGGUGGCAAAAAAUUGGAAAAUGAGGGGAUGCCCUUCAAUUGGGGAAUGGAUGAACAAAUUGUGGUAUAUGUUGGUGAUGGAAUACUAUUGUGCUCAAAGGACUAAUAAAGUGGAGGAAUUCCAUGGGGACUGGAACAACUUCCAAGAAUUGAUGCAAAGUGAGAGGAGUAGAACCAGGAAAACACUGUACACAGAGACUGAUACACUGUGGUACAUUCGAAUGUAAUGGACUUCUCCCUUAGUGACAAUGCUAUGACCCCAAACAACCUGGAGGAAUCUACGAGAAAAACCACUAUCCACAUGGAGAGGAAAUACUGUGGGAGUAAAAACACCAAAGAAAAACAACUGCUUGAAUACAUAGGCUGAAGGGAUGUGGUUGAGGAUGUAGACUCUAAAUGAACAUCCUGGUGCAAACAUCAACAUGGAAAUAGGUUCUGAUCAAGGACAAGCAAUACCCAAUGAAAUUGCGUGUUGGAUAUGGGAAGGGUGGGUGGAGGGGAGGGAGGGAAACAAUGUGAUUAUUGUAGCCAAGGAAUAAUGUUGUAAAUUGACUAUAUAAACUAAUUCAAAUGGGGGGAAAAAUUGACCAAAUGGUAAAAGAAGCAAAAAAAAAAAUUAAAAAAGCAGAAUUAAUCAAAUGGAAAGGGACAUAAAAGCUCACUCAAGAAAAUAAUUCUUUAAAAAUCAGAAUUGGGAAUAAGAAGCUAAUGAAUCCAUACGACAUCAAGAAACAAUGCAACAAAGUCAAAAGAAAUUAAAACAUUGAAGAAAAGGUGAAAUAUCUCAUUGGAAAAAACUGACCGAGAAAAUAGUUAAAAAAGGUAUUAAUUUAAGAAUUCUUGGACUACCAGAAAGCCAUGAUGAAAAAAAAAGCCUAAAAAUCAUCUUUCAAGAAAUUAUCAAGGAAAAAUGCCUCAAUAUUCUAGAACCAGAGGGUCGAAUAGAAAUGGAAAGAAACUGAACUCUAUUAUUAAGCUCUUCAAAGAGAUUCCAAAAUGAAAACAUUCAAGAGAUAGCAGAUUUGGGAGGCGUGGAGGGGAACAGUGUUUAGAAGCAAAAUAAAUUCUUAAGGAUAGAAAAGAAGAAUAAACAGAAAAUGGGAUGGAGGGAAAUGCAUAAUCAUAAUUGUAAGUGUGAAUGGGAUGAGGUUGACAUGGGCACUGUACCUCCAGAAACCUAGGCAAACUAUUAUCAGGGAAACUCCCUUGCUCCCUUACAUCCUCGUGACUCUGAGCCUAAAAACACCCAAUGACCCCUCUAGGGUCCUGAGAUGACUAUCUCUUCCUUUGAUCAUCCUCUAGAUUUAAGAUGGACAGAAAGAUGCACCUCAAGGCCAUACCUCAAACAUUUUGCUGUUCCACCUUACUAUCCUCCUGGCCAUUCUCAACAUUACCUCCUAAAUUAAUAAAUUUCUCUUUGUCUUUAA